CUCCGUCAAAUCUCGAAGGAGCUCAGGAAGUCCCAGCGUUACAAGCACGCUCUCGAGUUGAAAAGAUUGACAACAUGUUUAUGGCUCGCAAUAAGGGUUUUUUCUUUGAUGGUGAAGAUCUGGAAAGUUGGUGGCAUGAGCAAGAUCAACCAUUAAUUGCUUGUAUUAUGGGAUAUCUUAUGGCGCAUUAAAGAGGAUAUGUUUGCUAAAACUGUCUUGAUAUUAAGAAAUCUCUGCUCCAUUUUUUUUUCCUUUCCCUUUUUCAUAUUUUUGACAAAUCAUGAGUCAAAUUAUCUUGAUCACCCAGAUGUCUAUAUGCUAGUACAUAUGAUUGGUUGGAGGUAAAUUUGUUCUGGCAUCUAAAAUAUUUACCCAUUUGUUCAGGUGAACGUUUGCUCUCUCUCUCUCUCUCUCACACACACACAUUAUCAAGAUUACUUAUGCUUGGUUUGGUUGCUAAGAGUAUAACUUAAUCUUAUACCAGAUUGAUGACAGUGCAUCUGUUUAACUGUUUUUUUUCAGUAAGUAUUUGCUACAUGAUUAGUGGCUGUCAACAGAUAGAAUUAGCUGGGAAAGAGUUCCAGAACAUCUGCUAUGAAAGUUUUAAGCCUUUCUACCAUGUCCCUGCUUUAAUACAUAAUUUUAAAUCCUGUUGUAUAAUUGAUACAAGUUUGCAGAUAACAGAAUGGAUGGUUACUCAUGAAGAAUAUGAAUUAUCAGACUCUGACUAUGCUGUCCGCAUUGACUUGAUGACAAAAGUUUUCGGCAUUGAUGCUGCAGAACGCUACUUUGAAGACCUACCUGUGUCUGCAAAAACAAUUGAAACAUGCACUGCUCUCCUCCACUCUUAUGCUGGGGCAAAAUUGAUUGAAAAGGCUGAGAAACUUUAUGAGAGGAUGAAGGACUCAAAUCUGCCCUUAAAUGCCCUUACACAUAAUGAGAUGAUGACUUUAUACAUGUCAGUCGGGCAUGUUGAGAAGGUCCCAUUAGUUAUCGAAGAACUUAAACGACAGAAGGUUGUACCAGAUAUCUUCACUUAUAAUCUAUGGAUAAGUUCAUGUGCUGCAACAUUAAACAUCAAUGAAGUUAGAAGGAUUCUAGCGGAAAUGGGGCAUGAUUCAGUUUGUAAUGAAGAUUGGGUGAGAUACAUUAACCUCACCAAUAUAUAUGUUACUGCAGGUCAUCUUGUAAAUGCAGAGUCUAACUCUCUAGUUGAAGCUGACAAAGGUACCACACAAAGAGAAUUGAUAACGUACGAUUUCCUUAUUAUUCUGUAUGCUGGUUUAGGAAACAAAGACAGAAUUGAUCAGAUAUGGAAAUGCUUGAGAAUGGCUAAACAAAAAAUGUCAAGCAGAAACUAUAUUUGCAUUCUCUCUUCAUAUCUGAUGCUUGGGCAUUUGAAAGAAGUAGAAGAAGUUAUUGAUCAGUGGAAGCAAUCAACCACAACAGAUUUUGAUGUUUCUGCUUGUAGUAGGCUUGUAGAUGCUUUUGCGGAUGUUGGAUUGACUGAGAAGGCCCACAGUUUUCACAUCCUGCUGAUUCAGAAGAACUGCGACCCUGCAAGUCUAUCAAAAUAGUAGCUAGAGUUUGGUCUUAUCUGCAAACAAUAUUUGAGGGAUCAGUGUUUGGACAUCUUGGAGAGGAAAUAAGUGCACUUGCAUUUCUUUGAGGCUUGCUGCAUGACUGAAUUGCCUCAUCCAACUUUCAGCAUUCUGGUAUUGCUGCUGUUUCGCUUUUUGUGUCCAUACUCUAGAAAUGUAAAAUUCAGGGUUUCUUGAAUAUCAGACUUGCGUUUAUUUCCUUCCCAAUGUCUAUGAUCUAAGAUGCUUUCCCAGCUGCU